AGUCCAUUGCACUCAAAGCAGUGAAAGGCGGUAGAAGAGGCGAGCGGUUAUCGACGUAAACAAAUGUCCUCGGACGGCCUGAACUUGGUUGUAGUUAGCUUCUGACGCUAGUAAAUCAGUUUAUUAAGUUGUGUUUUACCCACAAUGCCUAGCCUUGAAGCUGACCAUUAUAUUUGUUUAGAAGCGCGGCUGCUGACCAGUUCUGUUGGAUGUCUGUAAAGAUGUUGUAACGUUCAGGGUUCCGCAGGUUGCUAUGUUAGGAACCUGUGCCUUAAAGGUUAGAUCAGCUCUUACAGGAAAGACUUUAACUACUAGAACCACCCCAAUCUGAGCAAGAUGGAGGCUUCUCUGGAAUUAAUGAGGAAUCCUGACUUCAGCUCUGUCCUGUCCUCGUGUGAGCCAGAGCUCCAGGAACUGAUGAGACAGAUCGACAUCAUGAUCAACCACCAAAAGAAGGAGUGGGAGGCUGAGAUCAGCACCCUGGAGCUCAGGGUGAAGAGUGGAGAGGAGGAGCUUUUGACCUCUAAAAACAUUAUUGAGCGAAGGGACCUGGAGAUCGGAUUACUUCGCCAACAGCUGGAGGAUGUCCAGAGAAGUCGCCAAGAUGUUGUUGCAAAGCACGAGCAACAGCUGCAGAAACUCCGGGAAGAGCUCGACAAGCUAAAGAGAAGUUACCAGAAACUGCAGCGCAAACAGCUCAAGGACACAUCUGGAGGAGGAAAAGUGACAGGCCAUUCAAAGGAAUCCCAGGAGCGCUCUGCAGAAUGGGAGCAGCAGCGGGCGCAGUACCAAAAACAGCUGACAGCCCUGGAAGCUCAGAAUGAGAGCCUGACUGAGGAGAUCUCACACAUUAAAAGCCAGCGGGCAUCACAGAGAGUGGAGCAGGAGCACAGGGAGUGUUGUUCAGAGGUGCAGCGCCUCCGUACUCAGCUGGAAGAGAGCCGCAGCAGCCUGCUCUCCCAGCAGCUGGAACUGGAGCGUCUCCGACCCUGUGGGCCCCUGUUGGGACAGCACCAGCGGGACCAGCAGAUGCUGCCAGAGGAACAAGAGGGGCACCAAAGAGCUCAGAACGAAGCUGCCAGACUCUGUCGACUGCUUCAAGCUAAAGAUCAAGUCAUCCGCUCUCUGGAGGACUGCCUGGCAGCCCAGGGCUGUGCCGGUGUGGAGGUCCUCAGGAAAGACCUGGAGAAGACUGCUGCCAAGCUUCAGGGCGCCCGAGCAUGUGAGGCACAGCUCAAGGCUGAGCUCGUGUGUCUGAAAGAGAGAUUGGAUCGUAUGAGCAGACAGCAAAGGGAUCGAACAACGAUGGAGCAAGAACUGAGAACCGUCAAGGCCGAUCGUGACUCGUCGACUUCUGAGAUCAAAAAGCUCAGGGAGGAGCUGGAGAGGGCCCGGCAGACCCACGGCGGGGAGGUGGAGGGAAUGAGGAGGGAGGUGUCGAGGCUGACCAGCGAGCUGCACCAGCGCGACCUGUCCAUCUCCGCUCUGAGCGGCUCCUCGUCCAGCGCCAAGCAGCAGCUUCACAGCGAGGCGCAGCGGGCGGAGCAGAAAGCAGCUGAGCUCAAGAUGGCUCAGGCCCAGCUGGACACUUUGCAAGCUGAGAACCAGCAUCUGGAAGGUCUGCUGGAGAGACUCCUGCCUCACUCACCCGAGGAGCCAGGAGUCGCACCGGCAUCCCUGCAGCAGCGCUCCGUGUCUUCCAUGAGCAGCCUGGGACAGGAAGAGCGACGGUUAAGGCAGGCGCUUGCUCAGGCCCAGCUGCAGCCGGACGCCGCAGAUAAGACGCGCCAGGAGAGGAGUGAGCGCGCUCUGCUCAGCCAUGCCAUGACGGAGCAACUGCAGCCUGAUCAGGAACGGCUUCAGGCACAGAAGGCCGCCUCUAGCCAUGAAGGAGAGAUCCAGAGGCUUUUCAAAGCGCUUCAAGUCUUACCAAAGUCUUCCAUGGAGCAAUCCGGCAGCCAGCGCAUGGACAGCAGGCCCUAUUCCUCCUCAUCUUCCUCCUCUUCCAGCAGCAGUGCUAGACUGACCAGGAGAAACUCCGUGCCAACCUUACCUCCACACAAACCUGCUGCUGAGGGCCAAAGCUCCAGCUCUGAAGACUCUCUGACCCCUGGAUCCAGAGAGAAAGGCAUUCCCUCUCACUCCUUAGAGGAGGAGCUGUCGGCGUCGCCUGCACACAGCGCCGUCACCCGUUUCCUGGAGGAAGAGAGCUUAUGGUCCAACGAGCUGCGGCAGAAACUGGACAGCCACAUCCAGGAUAUGAAGAACAACUUCAAGACUGUGUCCAAGGUCCUUGCAAACAGCUCGGAACAAGGCUGACACUGAAUCUGUGCGUGGCAGCCGGCCUCAGCAGGGAUUUAUUAAAUCUGAUAAACGGCAGCAAAAAGGAUGUCGAUUCUUUCGAGACGAAGGCUCCUGGAUCCACAAGUUCUGCACGUUUCUGCUGCUGCAGUGUUUCAAAUCUUGCGCCGUGUGUUGGAGUGCUGAAAACUGCAUGAGACAAGGGUCUGAACGCUGGGGAAACUGGGCAUAUUUUAAGGAACAUCAAGUCACUUCUGAAGAGCCCCUGUUUUGUAUAGUGCAUCUAUUAUAGGAUGAUGGAUGCACAGUGCUGUGCUGCAUCAGGGCGGGGUGCAUCACUUGGCCAUGGCGUCGUCUCAUGUCAUUCCUUUUAUUCAUAUUUAAGGAUCAGCUGGCUUUCUGAUCUGCUCAGAGCUCUAUACGAGCCUAUGACUGGUCAGAUAAUUAUUAGCCAAUCAGAGAGCAGGUCAGCUGCCGUCAUUUGGAGUCACUUUCAACAUCGAGCAUACUGAAGUGAGUGAGUGGUCAUCAGUGCAGGCGGAGCAUCUGUACAGCAUAACAUGACGUACAGUUUGUGUUGCCGUGUUGGAGCCAAUCAGUGACAGUCUGGCUUUAGUUAAUUAGUGAUCAAAUACCUUGUGCUACAGUGUCAGGUAGGGAAGGGAUGCUGGAGGAUUGUUUCCUUAAAGCCCUGGAUCCCCCUGCACCAUUGAAAUGUAGCAGUGAGAUAGGUAUGACAUCAAGCAGAUGCUAUAACACUGAUCGACCCUUCUUAUUAAUUUUUUUAUAUAUAUAAUUUUUCCUGUAGAGCCAUGUGCUAUUGGAUGAAGAAAAAAAAUGCUCUUUCUGGGACUUUAUUGUAGAAACCAUUCUAGGCCAAUUAACUGAAUUUAUAAGGAUGAAAGAGGUUCUGUUGUUAGCUCUUGACUAGCUGUAACCAUUCUUUCUGCUUUAUACUUCAUUGGUUUCUCUACUCAGUAAUCUAUAAGAACAGCAUGCAAUUAUUAUAUUAAUGCUUAAAAUUGCAUUGAUGAUAUUG